UAUUCCAUUUUUGUACUGAUACAUAGCAUUACGUUAUUUGGAGGAAACACAUUUGUUUAUGUAUACUAUUUGAGAUUGAUACAAAACUUGUAAUGCCACAAAUCACACCCAAUAGUUUAAUAGAAAGUAGAUUUGGUAACGUAUAUCAGGGAUCCAUGACAACAAUUGGCAGCCCAGUAAACCUUUUUUCAGUGCCACCUUUGUUUAUCCCACAUCGUUCUUACUGGUGAUUUUGUAUUUACAUCAUACGUUGCAAUAAACUGAUUGAAAAUAACACAGAUUUUGGAUGAGCAAAUGGGAGUAUACAUAUAGCCUUAGAGACACUUAUAGAUUGUUUCUAUUACUCAUUGGUUCCAUGCAAACAUUGUCUAUUGACCGUACGCAUGGUAAUGAGGAGUCCGCUACCAGUGAUUUUCCUAUGAUAAUUAUUAUUUCACAACAUAAAAUCAUAAGGUAUUACUCAAGGUCUGUUUUACGAAAGAGGUAA